AUGGAGUACGGGUAUCUUAGCGGUGCUGGCAGUGGUUUUGAGGGAGGAUGCCUGGGUUCGAGUGGCGGUGAGUUGUCGUGGGGCGAGCUGGCUUCCUGCGGCCAGAUGUCACAGGCAGCGUAUCGGUACCAGGGUAUGCGGUAUCAGCCUCCGCCUCCACAAUGCGCCCGGCCACAAGAUGCCGCUAUGAGGAAUCAUCAUAUUUUCCCACCAGCGAUGAAUCUGCAACGUAAGAUACUUACAUAG